AUGGAAAUACAUCAAAAGGAGUCUGGAGCACUGUAUACUAGUUAUCCGAAUUUAGACACGGAAAGAAAUUUGUCAGAAACUCAAGCACAUGAAAUAACUGGAAAUACUUCGAAAGGAGUCUGA